UUCAGAGAUGAUGCCACUUUGCAUUCUACUUGUAUUUCUCAGUCAAUUAUGUCAGGUACCAGCUGUUCACAAGAUCUCAAGUGUAAUUCAGGAUAGUGGUGUCAGAACAGCCAAAGUUGGGGGAAAUAUUACUUUGCAAUGCCUCUGUCAGGAAAAUUCUGUAACUUUUAUCUUCUGGUACCAGCAAACAUUGGGAGGUAAACCUCAGCUCAUAUCAUCACGGAUGAAGCACAGGACAGAAGCAGAGAUCUCCCCCGAGUUUAAGGAGAGGUUUCAAGUUCUUGCAAAAAGUGGAGAAAGUAUCAAUCAUCUUAUAAUCACAGACCUUCGCCUGUCGGAUUCAGCAACAUAUUACUGUGGGAUUUUAGCAUUCAACGCAAUUGAAUUUGGACAAGGAGCUUUCCUUCAUGUUAAAACAUCACUGUCCAACAUCCAGGCUGCUGUCCAUCAGCCAUCAUUACAGCCACUUCAGUCAGGAGACUCUGCAAAUUUGAGCUGCACAGUACAUGCCAAACCAUGUGUAGGGGAGCAGAGCUUCUACUGGUUCAGACAUGGUGCGUCUCAGCCUGCAGUCAUAUACCCCAGAACAGGACAAUGCAAGAACAUCUCCAAUGAAGAGUCUGUCACAAAAAGUUGCACUUUAAACCUUUCUAUAAAGUCUGUGAGCUCCUCUGAUGCUGGGAUCUACUACUGUGCUCUGUCCUCCUGUGGGGAGAUUGUUUUCGGAAAUGGAACAGAAAUCGAGAUUGCGGGAGUUUCCAUUCUCCUGGUGUAUUGUCUGAGUGUGGCAUUGGCAGUUUUCAUUAUUGUGCUCCUUGUCUUGGUUUUCAUUGUGCACAAGUUGAAGAAAAACCUGUGCUCUGUCUGCCAUGGUAAGAUUUUCAAAAUCAAGGUUUUCAAAAUGUUGCCGUGUUGACCUGGCUUGAUCAUUCCUCUAUUCUGAUUCACAGGAAUUGUUUAUCAUCUGACAUGUUCUGCAGCCUCUGACGUUGCGAGCCAAGAUGCAAACAAUCUCCAUUAUGCUGCUCUGAGUCUGAACAGGAACAGUGAACGACACCACCGAGAGGACAAUGCGGAGAGUGUUUGUGUGUACUCUAAAAUAAAGAGUAAAAAAUAGUGAAGUACAACUUUGCUUGUCAACAAUUCACAAGAAUAAAUGUAAAUAAUAUGGAA